GUGUGCAGAGCAGCUCUGCUUCCACAGCUGAGGAAACAUCUGGAAAAUGUCCAGCGUGAACCAGUCUGUGACCAACGGCACGGCAGGAAGUCAGUACCAGGGUUUACUGGAGCGGGCGCUGUUCUCCACACUCACUACCGUGCCGUGCUGCGCGUUUCUCUUCAUCAAUGGCACCAUGAUGUUCACGCUCAGGAGUAAGGCGCUGUUCCGCGACACGUCUCGAUACGUCCUCCUGUUCAACCUGCUGUUCGCCGACACCGUGCAGAUGUCGCUCGGCCAGCUGCUUUACCUCGUCGCCGCGUGUCGGACGACACUCACAUAUCCCGUGUGCGGCGUCGUCAACAUGAUCGCCAAACUCACCAACGAGGUGUCGCCGCUCACGCUGGUGGUGAUGUCACUGGAGAGGUACGUGGCCGUGUGCUUCCCGCUGAGACACGCCGCCAUCAUCACCGCCAGGAACACGGCGGCGGCUGUGGCGGCGGUGUGGGCCGUGAGCUCACUGAACGUCCUGACCCGCGUCUUCCUGCUGCUGGAGUUUCCAUUCAAGGAGCUGGACUCUUUGCAGAUGAAGGACUUCUGCUCGGAAGUGUCGAUAAUGAUCGGGCCCAGGUCCAAUCAGUACGACAGAGCUUACAACUGCUUCCUGUUUGUGUCGGCGACCGUGGCCAUCAUUUCCUCCUACAUCGGCGUGGUGGUUGCGGCCCGCUCGGCGUCCUCAACGGACGCCUCGUCUCGUCGGGCUCGGAACACGCUGCUGCUGCACCUGGUCCAGCUGGGCCUCAGCCUCUCAUCCACCGUCUACCUGCCCAUCCUCAUCGCCGUCUCCAGGACUGUGGCCCGGCUGGUGUUCGUGCGCGUCCAGAACGUUCUGUACGUGUGCAUCUUUAUCUUCCCGCGCUGCCUGAGCUCGCUCAUCUACGGCAUCAGAGAUCACGCCAUCCGACUCGCGCUACGGCACCGACUGUGCUGUCAUCAAAGCCGACGUCCGCGCGCCACCAAAUCCGUCGCACGUCGUACGUGA